GUACUCUCCCACAGCCCCCUUCUUUGUGAUCGUUCGAGUCACCUUCAUCGUUCCCUACUGCCCCAUCAUAUUCUCUUGAUUCUUGUCAAGUUUCGCCUCCCCUUCCCCCAAACCAAGACUGAGCAGCCAUGUCUGAAACAAAGACCAUGUCGGAAGAAGUCAAGGAGGUGACGGUCACCAAAGCCGACCUCAAGAGCAAGGACUUUGUGCCGCGAGGCAACAAGUCGUCCUCGCCUUUCAACACGUCGCUGUACCUUGGCCUGAGAGCGGUCGACUGCUGCUGGCAGUACCUGGUCCUCUCCCAGGGCUACGGCUCAUAUGUCAUCCGCCUGCUCCGGGGCGCCGUCAUUCCGACCGCCGCGGCGGCCGAGACGGGCGUCGGACUCAUCGACGACCUCGGCCUCUCGGGCUUCCGACUGGUCCUGCUCCUGAUGAACGUCCUGGCCGCCGCCAAGCACUUCUGGUUCGUCCUGCGCGUCGCCGAGGAGGCCUGGACCCUGCCGGGCGCCAUCAUCGUGGGCCUCGACAACAUCUUCUUCGACACGCUCAACAACUUCCUCUUCCUCUGCGCCGCCACCUCGGCCACCUCGCACCCGUCCGGCGAGACGCUGUCGAACCCCUAUCUGCUGGCCGGCUUCUCCCUCUUCGUCCUCGGCAUCGGCCUCGAGUGCGCCUGCGAGAUCGACCGCAAGCGCUUCAAGACGGACAAGAGAAACAAGGGCAAGCCGUACACCGGCGGCCUCUUCGCCGUCGUCCGCCACCCCAACUAUGCCGCCUUCACCAUCUGGCGGGCCGGCCUCGCCGUGGCCACGAGCGGCAUCACGGCCGGCCUGCUCAUCGCCACCUUCUUUACCUGGGACUUUUCGAACCGCGCUGUCCCGGCGCUGGACGAAUACUGUUCGAAGCGAUACGGGCAAAUGUGGGCCGAUUACAAGAAGAAGACCCGCUUCACCCUGAUUCCGUAUGUGCUUUAAGAGCUCAUGCUGGAAGCUUCAACUUUCAAAGAGCCGAGGCAUUCCAUUUCUCCUAACUAGUCCUUGAAGAUAUCUGAAAGGGAAAAAGGAAGUGGUUGUCUUGGGAAAAAUUCAUCACCCUCCUCUGUACCCUGUACCACGUAACCUUUCCCGUCGGAGGUGUGUUGGAGAACUCAAAAAAAAAAACACCUCAACGGGUUGAAGAAUACAAAAAUCGAUUGACCAUGGGUACCUUAGUAUGUGAGAUAUAUUGAACACAAGACGUGUGGAUGAGAAUUAACUACGAAUGUUUCUAUUCCG